AUGCUUGGAGUUUCACCCAGGGCGCUGGCCGUCGCCCUGGCUGGCAUCUGGCUCAGCAACCCGCUCCCCGCAGUGGUUGGAUUAAGAACUACCAGUGGUUCACCAUGCGCAAGUAUCUGCAAUAAAACCAGCAGCAACACAACAGGUGCCGAUGUCGUGUGUUUGGACGCCAUGUACGGUGACUCGACCACUGGGGAAACCUUCGAGGCCUGCGUCGACUGCCAGCUGAAGAGCACUUACUUCAACCAGGAGGCGGGUGAGUCGGACGUCAACUGGGGGCUCUAUAACCUGCGCUAUGCUUUUACGACAUGCGUCUUCGCUUACCCCGAAAGCAUCUCCAACAUCUCGUCACCGUGCACUGUCGCAUGCCAGGACAUAAGCCCGGCAGUGGAAACCGGCCUUGACAAUCCAGGCCCCUUUAACUUCAACUCCUGGUGCGGCUCAACUUCAUUCGCGGACAAUGUCAUCAACACAUGUGAGCAAUGCUACAAUGAGACGACGAACCAGAAAUACCUGGCGAACUUCCUUGAAGCCACCCGAUACAACUGCCACUUCCCUAGUGUCUCAGGGGAAGUCUUUAGUAUUGUACCAACUCGAAUUUUCUCCACGGUCCUGCUCCCCUCCAGCCUGUCCCUCAGUACCCCCACUCCCAACUCUUCAAGUGUGAACCUGCCAUUAGUGAUCGCCGUUCCGAUCGUGGGGUUCUUGAUCCUCGUAGGUUCCUUGGCGGGGUGCUGCUUUUGCUUCAUCCGCUGGCGCCGCAAGCGCGUUCGAGGCAAGCGGAUGUCCAAUCACUUGUACGAUCGCUGGAAUGAUACCAGCAUUAGCACGCCCGUUUAUGCACAGGGCGGCUGGGGCGAGCAGCAGGCCCAGGGCCCGGGGUAUGGUUCGGGGGGAUUAGGGUUCGUCGACAGCAAUGGCCAGGCUCAGGCUGUUGGAUACUCAGAAUACUAUCCGCAGUAUCAGCAACAGCAGAAAAAGGGUUUCUCACAGGAGAUCGCAGAGACACCUGGUGCUUACGCUCAGCCGGAGACCACCACGUACGGGGUGCAGCCCGAAAAGCAACACGGCGGGUAUCAGUGA